AUGCGGAGCUCCGCCGCCGUGCUGCAGCUCCUCUCCCGGGCGGCCAAGCACGCCGUUGCCCAGGGCGCCCGGCAGGACCUGAGCCGCUGGCUGCCCCGCCUGGCCGCCGCCCCGCAGCCCGGCGACGCGGCGGGGAGGCCCGGGGGCGCGGGGGGGCUGUGCUUCGGGGAGCAGAACGGGCUCGCCCCCCCCGCCCAGGGCCCGCCGGCGGAGGGGCUGCUGUGCCCGCUGCCCGAAGGCGGGCCGGGCGAGGGCCGGGCGUGGCGCUGGUCGUGCUGCCUGCUGGGCCCCUGCUGGUGCAAGAGCUGCGUGAGCGCCUGCUUGGUGGCGGCCCUGUGCUUCGCCUCGCUGGCCCUGGUGCGCCAGCACCUGCGCGGCCUGAUGCUCUGGGCCGAGGGCCUGGACAGCCUGGCCGGCGUGCUGCUCUUCACCGUGGGCUUCGUGGUGGUCUCCUUCCCCUGCGGCUGGGGCUACAUCCUGCUCAACGUGGCCGCCGGCUACCUCUACGGCUUCGUGCUGGGCAUGGGCCUCAUGGUGCUGGGGGUCCUCGUCGGCACCUUCGUCGCCCACGUGGCCUGCAGGAAGCUGCUGGCCCGGUGGGUGCAGGCCCGGAUCCAGGGCAGCGAGAAGCUCAGCGCAGUCAUCCGCGUGGUGGAGGGAGGAAGCGGCCUCAAGGUGGUGGCCUUGGCCAGGCUCACCCCGAUACCCUUCGGGCUUCAAAACGCAAUCUUCUCUAUAACAGAUCUCUCGCUACCUAACUACCUGAUGGCUUCUUCCAUUGGAUUACUUCCAACUCAGCUCUUAAACUCCUAUUUGGGCACCACUUUGCGCACAAUGGAGGAUGUUAUUGCAGAACAAAGUGUUAGUGGUUAUUUCAUAUUUAGUUUACAGAUUCUAAUAAGUAUAGGCCUCAUGUUUUAUGUUGUCCACCGGGCUCAAGUGGAGCUGAAUGCGGCCAUUGUUGCAUGUGAAAUGGAAAUGAAGACAUCGCUUGUUCAAAGCAGUCAUUCAAGCAACAGUAGUUCAGCAUUUUGCAACAAGAGGACGCUUGCAUUUUCUGGAGGAGGAAUCAAUAUUGUAUGACUUCUCCUCUGCCCC